GAUGCCUCCUUUACGAAAAAAAGGAGUGCGCAAGUUGCUCAAAACGGUGGGCGGGAAAGAGCACGCCGGCCCGCAGGACCACGAGGAAGAAGCCGCACCCCCGCCUACCGCCGCUGCAACUUCGAGCAGACAAUGCAGAAGUUUGACUGAAAACGAAAUCAAUGCGGAUCCAAUCUCGUCUGACGAGUUCGACGAGGAGGCUCGGCCUUCGCAGUCCCCCGCAAAAUCCCCUGUCCCUCCGCCGUCCCUCGCAAACAAGACAUCAACAAACCCUCGAGGCUCGAAGCGUUUGAACAGCAAAAAAGAGAUGUCCACGACAGAGCGUAGUACCCCCUCGAGACAGGCGAAAACUCAGAAGGCCAAGAGUAUGUUUGUCCCAAGACUUGGGUCGUUCGCCAAAGGCCAGAAGAAUAAACGGGAUAUACACGAAACAGAGGACGAAGGGACGGCGAAUACCCAAGAUGAUUCGAGCAGUUCGACAAGCAAGCGAGCGUGGGAGAAUGAAUUCGGGUGGGGCUCAAAGUCCAGCGCAGCUCCGAAGAGACAGAAAACUUCUGCGGCGAGAACGUAUGGUUCUUUGAGCAAACCCGGUGUCUCAAAUAUACACGCCUCACGGCCAGCAAACGGGACAAGUAGAGCAGUAUAUGGGAAGGCAUUUCAGAGAACGCUAGCAGCAUACUCAACUGCCAAUUCGAACUCCUCGCUGGACGAUUCGGAUUCAAGCUCUUCGACUAGCGAAGACGACGGAGAUCCAGAAUCACAAUUCAGGAAAUUGAGAAGAAAUAAAGAUGCCAAAUCCGGUGCCAAAAAAACUAACCCGCCCUCGCCUCCCCCGGAACCACGACCAAACCUCCUAGCAUCAUUAAGCUUGUACAAACAACCCGAAUCGUCCUCGCCAGACUCUAGCAAUAAAACUCCGGCUACAUCUCAAGAUCCGCAAGCCCUGCACAACCUUGUACAAGAAGUGGACAACUUCUCAGAUGAAGAAACUCGCCUCAAUGCCUCAUGCCCUCUUUGCCACGAACCCGUUGACCCGAAACACUCCACCGAAUACUGGAAAUACCACCGUAAGACCAUCACAAACCAAUCACUAUUCUGCAAAGAGCACCGAGAGCGCACUGCUCGAAUCGAGUACGAGGCGCGAGGACUGCCCAAAAUUAUGUGGCACAAGUUGCCAGGCAGGAUACGAAAGCUCCAGCCGCGACUGGAAAAAGUGCUGCGCAACGAAAAAGGAUUCGAAAGCAAAUAUCGCACCCAAAACGCGGGCAAGCUGGUGAGCGGACAAGCUGCGGUCUACCGGCCAUCCAAAAAGAAGAGACUCCAAGAACUGAAAGACGCUGAGGAAGUCGAAGACGACGCAGAGUUCACUCUUCACAACGCCUCGCCUUCGACGGGGUACUAUGGACCUCGUGGCCGCCGCCUAAUGAUGGAGAUCCUAACCACUGAUCUGGGCAAUGUGUUUCGCGAAGUUGCCGUCAUUGAUCCUGUUGUGGGGAAGAGUGGUUUCGCAGAGUAUCUUGAGCACGUGCUGGUUCCAGAGCUGACUGCCAUGUUGGUCAUGGAAGACCUUCGUGUAGAUGAAGUCAAGGCCGAAGAUGUCAUUGAGCAGAGUACGGCACUCGGCGCUAUGUUACACGAGGAUGUUGAUGACGUAGUUUCGAUGCUGAGUGAUGAGGAUGGAGAGGAAAGGGAGAUGCUGGACCCGGAUCAAGAUGAGAACUACAAUGAGUUGUCGGAAUGA